CGAUAGCGAUGUCUUCCACCUUCAAGCACGACACUCAUGAGCCGGUGGCCAUUGUGGGCAUGGCAUGCCGAUGGCCAGGCGGUGUUCAUGACCCCUCUCAAUUCUGGGAGUUUCUCCGAAACAAAGUCAACGGCUGGAAGGAGUUUGAUGACCCGCGCUUCUCUUCAACCGGGUUUCACCAUCCCAACUCAGACCGGCCGGGCUCCAUGUCCAUGAAGGGCGCCUUUCUUGCCGAGCAGGAUGCUCGUCUUUUUGACCACACCUUCUUCGGCAUGACCGGUCUGGAAGUCGAGACCAUGGAUCCUUCGCAACGCAAGUUACUUGAAGUGGCCUACGAAGCCAUUGAAAAUGCCGGAGAGACGUGGGAGAGCGUUUCGGGGACCCGGACGGGAGUCUUUGUAGGCAACUUCUGCCUUGACCACUGGAUGAUACAAUCGCGGGAUUGGGACAACCCGAGGCCGUAUGCCUUCACUGGCGCCGGCACCAGCAUUCUUGCCAACCGCAUCAGCUACAUCUUCAAUCUCCAAGGGCCAAGCCUCACGGUGGACACCGCCUGCUCGUCCUCCAUGUACGCCCUCCACCUCGCAGUCAACGCCAUCCGCGCCGGGGACUGUGAUUCGGCCAUCGUCGCCUCAGCUAACUGGAUCGCCGAUCCCGGAGUGCAAAUUGCCCUGGACAAGCUCGGCGCGCUCUCCGCAUCUGCGCGCUGCCACACCUUCGACGCUCGGGCGGAAGGCUACGCUCGUGGCGAGGGUUUCGGCGCCAUUUAUCUCAAGAGACCUUCCCUCGCUAUCGCCAAUAUGUCACCCAUCCGCGCAAUGAUCCGAGGAACAGCCAUCAACUCCAACGGACGAACCGGCGGUAUCACGAGACCUAGUGCCAACGGACAAGAGACGGUCAUCCGGGAAGCAUACCGUAACGCCGGCAAUCUGCCGUUCCGCGACACCAGCUACUUUGAAUGCCAUGGAACAGGCACGUAUGUUGGGGACCCAAUCGAAGUAGCCGCACUGGGAAGAGUCUUUGCUCCAGAACGGUCUAGUGACGAUCCGCUACUUGUCGGUUCCGUGAAAAGUAACGUGGGACACGGGGAAGGUGCCAGCGCUUUGGCGUCCAUCAUGAAGGUUGUUCUUGCUCUAGAGCACGGUGCAAUCCCACCCAUCUACGAUCUUCAAACCCGGAAUCCCAACAUCGACUUCGAGGGUGCCAAGGUUCAGCCAGUGACCGAGGUCACGCCGUGGCCCAAGGAUCGCUUGCAGAGAGCAAGCAUCAACUCGUUUGGCUAUGGUGGUGCCAACGGUCAUUGCAUCAUAGACCAUGUCAACAUCGUGCUGCCGGAUUAUGUUGCGCCUGGGAUCUACAAGCGCAGCACCAGAGAUACAACAAACGGUGUGAAUGGCCAUAUAAACGGGCGCAGCGGUACGCCUUCGCAUCGUCCCAUCAUUCAGAGGCCAAAGAUGACCGCCUCGCCGAACGCCAACACACGAUCGCUUGUGCUCCUCCCCCUCUCUGCUCACAACGAAAACUCUCUCGAGCUGAACCUCAAAGCGUUGUCUCAAGUUGUCGACAAGUUACCGUUGGCAGAUGUCGCAUACACCUUGGGUGCCAGACGGUCCAAAUUUGCCCAGCGAUCCUUCUGUAUCGUAGAGAAAGACAAGGUUGUUGAGGGCCUCGCGGCCAAGAGCAGGGUGGUAAGAGCACCAUUGCAACCCACCAACGUUGGCUUCAUUUUCACCGGCCAAGGCGCCCAGUGGCAUGCCAUGGGUGCCCAGCUGUUUGAGUAUCGAGUGUUCUCCACGGCGAUCCAGUACCUGGAUCAUGUCCUUAGCUCACUGCCCAAUGGUCCGGACUGGUCACUAGAGAAGAUCUUGUCCGGAGACUGUGAUGCUGCCCUCAUCCAGAGAGCCGAGAUUUCUCAGGCUGUGUGCACUGCUGUACAAGUUGGCUUGGUUGAUCUGCUUGCUUCAUGGUCCGUGAGACCUCACGGUGUUGCUGGACACUCCUCUGGUGAAAUGGCUGCGGCGUACGCUGCUGGUCGUAUCACAGCUGCCGAAGCCAUCGUAGCCGCUUACUUCCGCGGUCAGGCGGUAUCACGGAACCGACAGACCGGUGCAAUGCUGGCUGUCGGCCUGGGCCCUGAAGCGGUAGCCAAGUAUCUCUCUGGCCUGGAGGAUCAGGUCAAGCUAGCAGCAAUCAACUCGCCAGGAAGCGUCACGUUGUCCGGCGAUCCAGCAGCCGUUGAUAGUAUCUCGAAAGCCUUGGCCGCCGACAGCGUCUUCAAUCGAAAACUCCAGACGGGCGGCAAUGCUUACCACUCACACCACAUGCUUCCCAUUGGGCGCGAGUACAUCGAGAUGCUGAGCCAGGGCCUUCAACACAUCCAGAAGCUCGGCCUUGCCUCACCAGAGCAGCGGUAUCCCAAGGCAUUGUGGGUAUCGUCUGUCAAACCCAACAAAGACACAACUGGGUCGUUUGACGAUCCAUCCGCUUACUGGAGGGCCAAUCUCGAGUUACCUGUGCAGUUCUCGGAGGCUGUUGCAAGCUUGGUACGCAACGAGAAUGUCACCAUCCACGCUUUGGUAGAGAUUGGACCGCACCCCGCGCUGAAGAGCCCGGUGGAGCAGAUUGUCAAGGCCGCUGGCAAGGCUGUGGCGUAUGCCUCCACGCUCAAGAGGCAGGAGGACGCCCGACUAUCCAUGUUGCAACUUGCCGGAACGCUGUUCACUUUAAACACGCCCAUCGACCUUGCCGCUGUAAACGCUGUUGAUGGGGAAGCAGGACACAGCGAAGGCCUAGAACACGGCAGCACCUGUCUCGAUCUGCCACCCUACCAGUACACUUAUAACGGCCUGAAUUAUCAUGAGAGCCGGGCCAGCAAGGAGUACCGGUACCGGUCGGUGUUGAGACAUGACCUUCUCGGCUCGAAGGUCGUCGGCAAUGCAAAGUUGCGACCCCAAUGGCGGAACAUUCUCCGGAUGAAGGACGUCCCAUGGUUAGGCGAUCACCGCCUUGUGCCAGAUGCUGUUCUGCCAGGUGCCGCGUACAUCGCUAUGGCGGUAGAAGCUGCGUUACGCAUCUACGAUGAGUUCGCCAAGCCGUUCGAGGUCAAGGGCUUCUCUCUACGUGACGUCGUCAUCAAGAAGAGCCUUGUAAUCCCAGAAGACGACUACAGCGUUGAGAUACUCACGAGCAUGGAGCUUGUCGACUUUGCCACAGCGCAAUCACCUGCAUGGGCUACCUUUUCCAUCAGCUCAGUUGGCCGCGAAACCAAUGAGUGGACGGAGCAUUGCACUGGACGAGUCAAGGUGGUGAUUCAAGAGACAGGCUAUGAUAUUGACGUCGAACACGGUCGAGUUGCCGCUCCGUAUGCACCAAGGGCCGUGGACGUCAAGGCUUGGUAUAAGAAGUUUUUGGACAUUGGCCUCGGCUACGGUCCGGUGUUCCAGCCUCUGUCGGACAUCCGUGUUGAUGCGGCGUCAAACUUGGCCGUGGCGACCGUUCAUCUGCAGCCCGGAAUUGGUGUCAUGAAGGGUGGCGAGUCCCGAUACGCCGUACACCCGGCCUCCCUGGACGGUGCCAUUCAGCUGGGCUUGGUUGCGUGCCACGGAGGGCGGCCGAGCGAGGCUACCACUGCCUUUGUGCCGGUACAAUUCUCCGGUUUGUACAUCGACAGCAGCCUAGCCCAUGGCGGCGAGACAUGUACCGUUGUGGCUCGUGGGCAGCGGCGCGGUAUCCGGAGUGCCCAUCUUGAUCUGCAGUUCCUGGGUGCAGAUGGAAAGCUUCUGCUUGACGUCGAGUCCCUCCGAUGCGUUAGCUUCUCCAGUGAGGCCAAGCCGGUGGAUAGGGCAUUCAGCAGCCCCUACACUCGCCUAGUGUGGAAGCCGGACAUCCGUAAGCUCAGCAACAGCCAAGCUCGCCAGAUAUACCCUCCACCAACCAAAAAUGUUGACAAGGCGCCACUGUGGGGGAUCACGAACAAGGUAGCCCACUUUAUUGUAUACAGCAUGUAUGAAACUUUCGGGCGGCAGGCAGAUCGGCCCCAGCCUUCGGGUGAGGUCGGCCACUUCUUUGACUGGAUCAUCAGAAAGGGUGAAAGUGAUCAUUCUGAGAUGAUGGAAGAGGCAAGAGAGCUGGCAGCUAAGGGUGCUCUGCUUCAGCAAAUCGAAGAACUUGUCGCCCAGGCACCUGACAUCAUGGAAGUCAAGAUCGCAAAGCUUCUGCACGACAAUGCGGCCGACAUUCUGUAUGAACGAAAAACGGGGAUGGAAGUCAUCAUCGGGGAGAACCUUCUAACACCACUUUAUCAGGAAGGCCUCCUGAUGACAGGCAUCUACCCACAGCUCUCCAUUGUCCUAGCUGGCCUUGCCCACGCCAAACCAAACCUCCGGGUUCUCGAGAUUGGAGGCGGUACUGGUGGCGCAACGCGGAUCGCCAUGAAGGCUUUUAACGGCCCCAACGGCAUCAAGGCCUACCGGGAUUACACCUUCACAGACAUCUCGCCCGGCUUCCUGUCGGCGGCCAAGGAAUCCAUGGCCGAUCUGAGGGAUAUGAACUUCUCCGUCUUUGACAUUGAAGAGGACCCCGUGGCACAGGGAUACGAGGAGCAGACAUAUGACCUGAUCAUUGCGUGUCAAGUCCUUCAUGCCACCUCAAACAUGACCAAGACGCUGUCAAGAUGCCGCAGGCUCCUCAAGCCAGGUGGUCGACUUGUUCUGGUUGAGACAACGGAGAACUUCAUCGUGCCAGGCGUUGUUGUGGGCACCUUUACGGGAUACUGGGCCGGCAUUCCAGAUGGACGUGUGGAUGCUCCUUUCCAGAGCCUGAAGGACUGGGACCGUUCCCUGAGAGAAGCAGGCUUCGCAGGGCUGGACCUGGUACUUGAUGACUUCCCGGAACCCCAUAAUACCACCUCGGUUAUUCUUGCCAAGGUGCCUGAGCAAGAGCCUGAACCGUUACCGGAAACCCAGUCGGCAACGACUGUCCAUGUGGUGCAUGGUGGCAGCAACGGAACACCAGUUCUGGUAGAUCAUAUAUGUCAAGAACUGCAACAGCGGGGUACCAAUGUAAAGGCUAUCACGUUCAACGACGUCACGAAGGAGCUUUCUCCCGGAUCGCGCGUGGUCGCAUUGCUGGACGAGAGCCACCUGCUGAUCAAGGCCAACGAGGAGAAUCUGGCUACCAUGCAAUACCUGGCACGCAGUGCAACGAGUUUGGUCGCUCUGACAAGUUGCGGUACCAUCAAGGGACGGGCUGCCGAGGGUGCCUUGAUCUCAGGCCUGCUUCGCGUGCUCCAAACUGAGAACCCCUCCAGCCAGUACAUGUCCAUCGAUAUCGACGUGGACAACUUUGAAGUUGAAGAUGCUGCUGAAGCAAACGAGCUCGCUCGCAGCAUCGUGGACGGCGAGUGUGACCUGUUUCGUCAAGCCAGCGGAUCGGCUUCUGUAUUCGUGGAUGGGGAGAGCAAUGGUGGCGACCCCGCUGACCGCGAGUUCGCUUGGCAGAACGGUUGCCUGUGGGUUAGCCGUCACGUCCCAGAUGCCGGAUUCCACUCCCAGUACGGCUUAGAGACGAGGAGCAUGAAGCCGGAACUACGUCCGAUUGGCAGCCCCAGUCAGACAGGGGGAGUACGUGCUGCUUUCGAGACGCCCGGUGUGCUGAACUCAUUGUACUUCAUUCCCUACAAAGACCUCCUGCAGCCGUUGCCGGCCGACUUCAUCGAUGUGGCUGUUGAUGCUGUGGGCGUAAAUUCAAGAGAUUUGGAGCACUGGGCUGGCCGCGUGGAUGGCGAUUACCUGACCUCCGAAUAUGCGGGUGUGGUCACAGCCGUAGGCAGCCGAGUCCACGACAUCCAAGUUGGCGAUCGCGUCUAUGGAGUGGGCAAGGGUCAGUUUGGCAGUGUCACCCGUGUGCCUGCUGCCUUCGCAACGAAGCUUCAGCCCAAGGAUGACAUGAUCCGGAUGGCCUCGAUGCCGCUCGCAUACACCACCGCCCUCUACGCCUUGGACCACGUCGCUCACGUCCGUGAGGGACAGUCAAUCCUCAUACAGUCGGGCGCCAAGGACCUUGGCCUGGCAGCCAUCACUCUUGCAAAGGCAAAGCGGUCACAGGUGUUUGCAACAGUUGAGACAGCCGAGCAAGGCAUGUUCCUGGUUGAGGAGCUAGGCCUACCCGCCUCGCAUGUCAUUUCUAUCCUCGACUCGAAGCAGCUCCAGCGCGCAGCUCAGGAAACGCGCAAGGGAAAGUUCGAGGUUGUCAUGGCGACUGCCGCUCGUGGAGAGCUCCUGUCUUUGUUCCUGCAGGUCCUGGCACCGCUUGGGUGUCUUGUCGAUAUCGGCGGGGUGGAUGGGCAGACGACGCCAGUAGUCGGUCAGAUGUCACUUCCACACAAUGCCACCUAUGCCUCUAUCGACCCGUUCGCCGUUUUCGAUUCGGAUCCACUGCUUGGGGCCGAGCUCAUGCAAUCCGUCGACGAUUACUACCGGCAAGGGGUGAUUGGACCGGUUCCAAGAAUAACGGCGGCAGACGUUGGACAAUUGUCGUCGGCACUUGGCGAUUUUGGCACAAUGUCUGGAAAGCUAGUGGUCAGCUUCAAGAACCCGGAAAGUUUGGUUCGGAUGGCGCCAUAUGCACCCACCGUCAAAUUCGACCCCGAAGCGAGCUAUGUGGUGACGGGAGGCUUGGGGGGCUUGGGACAAUCUUUGGUCCGGUGGAUGGUGGGAAGGGGCGCAAGGCACCUCGCACUUUUGUCGAGGCGUACUGCCUCCAGCGUUCCAAGUGUCCAGGAGCUGCUCAAUGGGCUCGCCGGGCGAGGUGUUGAGAUUCAAUGCUUUGCCUGCGAUGUCAGCAAAGAAGACGAGGUGACCAGCGCGAUCAAGGCAAUCUCGGCUGUUCGUCCCAUCAAGGGCAUCGUGCAUGCGGCAGUCUCAUAUAGGGAUCUGACCUUUGACAAGCUGUCACCUGAGAGAUGGAACGAAGGGUUGUCUGCCAAGGUGGCAGGCACCAAGAACCUGCACAAAGCGACUCUGUCGAUGUCUCUCGACUUCUUUGUCAUGACCACUUCUGCAUUGUCGGUGUAUGGUUUCGCGACCCAAAGUGCAUACACGGCUGCCAACAACUUCCAGGAUGCCUUUGCGCGAUACCGCCGACAGCUUGGCUUGCCCGCGUCCACUGUGUCGUUUAGCCUGAUCAAGGACGUGACGGAUGUCGGCAGCAGCGGGAUUACCGUCGACAUGUUUGAACGCAACAAGGCACUGACCCUGGAUGAGUCUCAGUUCCUGGCGCUCCUCGAGCCGGCAUUCUUAAACAACCGAACGGUGACGGAGGAGACUAGUGCUGGGCAAUGGUCAGGUCAAGACGAUGACGGGCUUUCUGUCGCAAACUUGCACACAUACUUGGAUCCCAGAGCAAUGGCGGCGAAAAGACGUGAAGAGAUGGCCAGCGAGGCAUCGUCGUCAUCUUCCACAGUGCCACCACGGUGGUACAGUGACGGGCGCGUGUCUUUGAUGAUGCGCGCCUUUGCGGACGCACAGCGACACUCGGGAAGGUCACAAGACGCAGCCGAUGAGGGUUCCAACAAGAACACGAUUGCUCAUCUCCGGGCAGAGCUGGAAGCUGCAGUGCGCGAGGGAGAGGCUGGGCGAGGACGGACGGUGGCGCUGGUACAGGAUGCCAUCACCAAGGUGGUGGCCGAGAUGCUGUUCGUCGACGUGGAGAGCAUUGACCCGGCCAAGUCGGUGGCAGAGCUGGGUGUCGACAGUCUGAUUGCGGCCGAGUUGCGCAACUGGUUCAUCCAGGCUCUGGGGACCAACAUCAGCAUGUUGGAUCUGCUGGACCCCAGCGUGAGCAUCAGCACCCGCGCUUCCACCAUUGCGGACAAGGCCCUGUCUGCGACUGCUUGA